GCGCCAACCCGAUGCUCAUCACUCCCUUUCUCUCUCACAACUUUCUUUCUUUCUUCCUCCGCCGAUUGCAACUGAAUUUUCCGGAAUUGAGGGGCGAAACUGAAUCUUCUGAAAUUGGGGGAGAAAAAAAGAUAGAUGGAGGGCUUGACUUCGCAACUACCCGCAUCGUACGUUGACACAACCCUUAAGCAGAUUAAGCAAAUUCAGAGUUUGGCAAAGGCUAUUGGGACUUCAAGUAGUGGAGAUGCUAGUGGUGGGGAUGACAUUGGUGAUGAUGAUGGUGAUGGUGAUGAUGAUGAUGGCUUUGAUUACUAUGACUAUUUACUUGAUGAUGAGGAUGAGGAUGAGGAUGGUGAUGAGGAGGAUGACAGUGUGCAAAAGCAAUUUGACAAUGUUGACUUACCUCCUGGGGUUGAGGCGGCUGUCCCGUGGUGGAAUGAGUCGGAUUCUACUCCGGCCUCAACUGAUACUGUUUCUUCUGGGGUUGCAUCCCAACUCUGCUCUUCAGGGAGCAGUUCUGUAGGUCAGAGCUCUACUGGCAAUGGCAAUGGCAAGGAGGAAAUUAGUGAUAUCAUAAGAAAAUAUCAAGAGUUUAAACAUUUUGAUACUGUUGAUGAUUGUUCAGAUCACCACUACAACAUCACGCAUUUCCAGGGGCAGCAGCCACCCAAGGCCUGGUCGAAGAAAAUUCAGAGUGAAUGGAAGAUUUUGGAGAAGGAUUUGCCUGACACCAUAUAUGUAAGAGUAUAUGAAUCAAGGAUGGAUCUUCUUAGGGCAGUGAUUGUAGGACCUCAAGGCACUCCCUAUCACGAUGGUCUUUUCGUCUUCGAUGUCCUUCUCCCUUCCACAUACCCAGAUACACCACCAUUGGUUUACUAUUAUUCCGGUGGCCUGAGACUGAAUCCUAAUCUAUACGAGUGUGGUAAAGUCUGCCUCAGCCUUUUGAACACUUGGGCUGGUAAGGGUACUGAAAAGUGGCAGCCGAAUACAUCAACCAUGCUGCAAGUGUUGGUUUCUAUACAAGGUUUAAUUCUGAAUGAAAAUCCAUUCUUCAAUGAGCCUGGGUAUGAAUCUACUUAUGUUGGUUCUGAGGGGGAGCGCAGAUCCAAAGCUUACACUGAAAAUGUUUUCGUUAUGUCUUUGAAAACAAUGAUGUAUACCCUUAAAAGGCCUCCUAGGCAUUUUGAAGACCUUGUGACGGGUCAUUUUCACAUCCAUGCACAUGAUAUCCUGUCAGCAUGUAAAGCCUACAGGGAGGGUGCACCGGUUGGUUUUGCUGAACGGGGAAAACCUGAGGGCGAUAAUGUCCCAGAAAAUGGUCGCACACGAGACUUCAAGGCAGCAUUAACUAAAAUUACAAAUGUUCUUGUCUCGACUUUCACUAAAUUUGGGGUGAAGGACUGUGAGCAGUUCAGAAUUACAGGCUGAUGUUGAGCUUAUUGAGAGGGCUUGUUAGAGCUGAUACAUUGCGCUUAGGCAUUUUAGUUCAGUUUUAAAUGCUCCUUGUAUAUACACCUGUCUUUGACUGAUAUGUUUCUUCACAUUAGUGACUUUAACUGUUAUGUUUCUUCAUAUUAGCAGAGGAUGUUUGAACAUGAUUUCAUUUGAGUUUCUUUAACUGAUAUGCUGGCUAUUUGCAA